CACAACUCCGCGGUAUACUAUGCUGUCUAUAUAUGUUCUCUUAUUUUAAGAUAAUCUUAUGAGUUUAUAGAUCUUUACAUACAUUACAUCAGUACUUUCCUCUCUACAAACUUAACAAUUCAAACGAUUACUUGUCUUAACCUUACAUGGUCUGAAAAAAUUCUCGCUGCAAUUUUUUGACUAUAUAUUAUGGCAACAGUGUGGUACACUAUGCUGUCUACAUGCCCUCUUGUUUUGAUAAACAACAACAGUAAUUGUUUAUUUACUCUUCUAAAUUGAAUUAAAAUUUCAAACUUAUUACAAUAUUUUAUAGUUUUGACAUAAAUGGAGAUCCGUUGUCGGAUGUGUGCGGAAAUUUUCCACAAUAACAUCGACGUAUCCGAAAAUGCCAGCUUUUUAUCCAUGGCAAAUCACUUCUUCCAAAUUAAAAUUACCAUAGAAGACAAAUUGCCCACAACAGUGUGCGAGGGCUGUUUUGACUUUGUGGAACGCAUCUGGCAGUUCAAAGGACAAGUUGAUCGAGCUCAAAUACUACUAACUAAUAUCUUAAACAGCAUAGAAAAACUUCCGAUUCAUGUUAAUGAAACGAGGAUACCACCCCUAUCUUUGACCAACGAGGAAACCAAAUUUCCCAUAAUAGGUACAAAUAAUGUGGAAAUUAAUACUGUUAUCAUUAGUACAGAAAAGCAAGUGGAUGAACAGAAGAGUUCAUAUCAUGUCCAAAGUGCCGAGGCACCUAGCUAUGGUAGAAGUGAAUCUCAACAAAUUGAUGAGAAGCUAAGUCAUUGUAAAAAGUCUAAAAAAUCAUCAACUGCCAGUAAAACCAAGGCGAAACUGGAAGAACUUAAUACCUUUACAGAAAUAGAGUUCAUCAAUCCAGACAGAACAGUAGUUCCGAAUCCAGGAAUUCACGGAUGGGAUGCCUAUCCGUGGACAUGCUGCGAUUGCAGUUUAGUAUUUUUGCGAGCCGAACUUCUGAAAGAUCAUUGUGUCGCGGCGCAUAAUAUUGUCUCAGUAAAGUAUCUAUGUGCAGACUGUCCUAAGGUUUACUCCAAAUACGUAAGUUUUAUCAAUCAUGUAAAAUAUCACAAACCAUUUUUAAAAUUCUGCUGCGACGUAUGUUACAAAUGGUACGAAACGAGUAAGGAAAUAAAAGAGCAUCAAAUCACUCACGUUGAGGAUGAACCUUACCAAUGUACCACUUGCGGCAAAAGGUUUAGGGUGCAAUCCCUAUUGACUGUCCACAACCGAUCUCAUUUGCCUAGUAGCGUUAAGAAUUGUUAUCCAUGCGAUCAGUGUCCCAAAAAGUUUGGAACAAAACCGAACCUUAUCGCACACAAGAGGAUUCAUUUAGGUAUUAAAGAUUACAGCUGCAAUCAGUGCGGCAAGAGUUUCGUUCAAAAAGGGAAUCUGGACAACCACUUACUUAUUCAUAACAGUAAUAGACCGUUCAAAUGUAACGUUUGUGAUAAAACGUUUAAGUCUUUGAUUCGCCUUAGGAACCAUAGCUCCAUCCAUUCGGGGCUUAAACCCCACCAGUGUGACACCUGUAGGCGUCAGUUUAGAGAGAAAAGUACCCUCAGGGAACAUCAAAGGAUCCAUACAGGGGUUAUGCCUUUUACUUGCGAGUUUUGUGGUAAAUCGUUCAGGUUUAAAGGGGUACUUACUACACACAGGAGACAACACACCGGGGAGCGUCCGUACUCGUGUACCGAAUGCCAACACCACUUCACCGAUUGGCCAAACUACAACAAACACAUGAAACGACGGCACGGGAUCAACACGAGCGUAAACUGUAGGACGUUACAGGAGAUUCCACCUACGGGAAAACCGAACCGUAAUCCCCCGGGGACGGUUUUGGCGGCCCCACAGGCACCGGUGGUCCAUGUGAUAUGUCAAACGAAUAACGGCGGCUCGUUGGAGCCCUACCGAGAACCACCCGCUCCCACGUUCUUUCCCGUUUUGGGGUUGUACGGUAUAUCUGACGAUAUGUCGAAAGCGGUGGUUGGGCACUUUGAUUAGGUUUACGUGUAUCAAGAGCAGAAUGCAACACUAGGUAUCCUUUGGUGUGACCCUCAAAUCACGAGCCGGUUUUACCCACUAACCAAAAGUCUUUAUUUUACUCUCGACACGUGUUUCGCUUAAAACUGUCUCAAUCUUCUCGCAGAUGCUAACAUCGUUAGCGAAACACGUGUCGUCGAGAGUAAAAUAGGAAGUUUUUGUCUCGUGUAUUGAAUCCCUCUUAAUGUAACACAGUUAUAGGCUUGGCACUUAAUUGUUUGUAAACAUUCUGAGUUAUAUCCACGCUGUGAGUGAAUAAAUUUUAAAGCUUUUUAACACCAAA